AGACAUGUAUGCAGUGUAGAACAUUGUAUAAAAACAUACAAUACAGGGAGAAGGCUUUAGUUCACAUCUCGAGGUGUUACAGUUAUGACUUGCGUCCAGUUUACUGUGAAUGGGGAGCAAUGUUCAGUGUCCUGCGAUGUCCACCGAGAGACGACUCUGUACUCCUACCUGACGUACCACCUGAGCCUCCCCGGCACGAAGGCGAUGUGCAGACAGGGCGUGUGCGGGGCGUGCAUCGUCAACGUGACUGCGCAGAGAGAGACCAGCGGCGCUGUGGAGACUUUCUCUGUUAAUUCUUGUCUAGUUCUCGUGUACUCCUGUGACGGCUGGGACAUCACCACCAUAGAGGGGGUGGGAAAUCGCGUGAAAGGGUACAGUGAGGUUCAAAAGCGCAUCGCAGCGUUCAACGGCACCCAGUGUGGAUUCUGUACCCCUGGGUGGGUGAUGCAAUUAACAAGCCUGUUAGAUAAGGGUCUGAACAUGUCGGAGUUGGAGAAUUCGUUCGGCUGCAACACGUGCCGAUGUACAGGGUACAGACCCAUCCUGGACGCCAUCAAAUCCUUCGCGGUAGAUGUCAGUCCUGCGCUUUGUAAACAGGUUGAAGAUAUAGAAGAACUAACUUGCUUCAAAGAUGUUAACAAAGUUUGCGACCGGAAAUGCUCUACAUGCAGUGACAGUGACUGGAGUCUGGUCAACGCUACAAUCGAUCUCAAGCCUAAGAUACUGGACUUUGGUCAGACCAUAUAUAUUAAAGUGUAUGACGAGGAUCAGAUAUUUAAUAUGAUUACUAGCUAUGCUCGCAAUUCUAAACCAUAUAUGUUAAUUGAUGGAAAUACUGGAAAAGCUGUCCUCCAGGAUUUCGAAUAUCCGCCAGUUCUCAUCGACAUCAGUUCUGUGAGCUCCUUGAAGGCUUAUCACUUUGACCAGAACCUGGUCCUCGGGUCGAACGUCUCUCUAGAAGAUACCAUGGCAAUAUUCAAGAAAUCUGCGUUAAGUAACGACGAAUUUGCAUAUUUGGACGGAUUAGCGAAACAUUUUGAUUUGAUCGCUCAAAUUCCAGUACGAAAGUUAGGAUCGUUGGCAGGAAACAUCAUGCUCAAGCACAGGAACAACGCGUAUCCAUCUGAUGUAUUUCUUGUGUUUGAAGCCAUUGGAGCCACUAUUACAAUACGUGAUCGCAAAGGUGUAAAAACGUCCUAUACGAUGCAGAACUUUCUGAAAAUGAAUAUGGAUGGCAAGUUGAUCGUGAGCUUCCAAUUGCCACCGCAAGGGCCAACUCAUAUAUUUAAAAGCUUUAAGAUAAUGCCGAGAAGUCAAAAUGCAUUGGCGAUAGUCAACGCUGCUUUCAGUGUUAAUUUCGUCAAUGGCACCACUGUUGAUUCAAUCAAUAUUAUAUACGGCAAUAUUUCUGGCAAUUUCAAUCAUGCCCGACAAACAGAAGCUUACUUGAGAGGAAAGAAUUUGUUCAGCAAUCAAGUGGUGCAAGGUGCUAUCAAUGUCUUGAAUAAAGAGAUUGUACCGGUGGAAAAACCUCCGGCGCAGGCGCCGUGGGCAAGAAAGAAAUUGGCUAUAGGACUGUUUUACAAGUUCGUCUUAGGUUUGACUCCUGAUUCAAUUAUAUCUCCACACUAUCAAUCGGGCGGUGACCUGAUCCUACGACCCAUAUCUAGCGGUACACAACUAUACCAAACGGAUCCCAAGCUGUACCCUCUCAACCAGCCAGCAAUGAAACUGGAAGCUGUCAUACAAAGUUCUGGAGAGGCUCAUUACGUUAACAGCAUACCUCGGAUGCCAAACGAAGUGCACGCAGCAUUUGUUUUGUCCACAGUACACAACGGAGCUGUAGAUAGAGUAGACGUUGAACAUGCGAUGACAUUGGAAGGCGUUUUAGCAUUAUAUACGGCUAAAGAUAUACCAGGAAAAAAUUCGUUUACUUUCCCCGGUAUACAACUACAGUUCGAAGACGAAGACAUAUUAGGAGAUCAAGACAUCAAAUACCACGGACAACCUGUAGCAAUUGUGGUGGCUAAAAGUCAAGACUUUGCUGUAAAUGCAGCCAAAAAAGUCAAAGUUACAUACAAGAAUGUGCCAAACACUCCACCAAUUUUAACAAUUAAGGAAGCCAAAAAGUUCAGCGAUAGAAUCAUGACAGGUCCUACAAUCGAGCCGAAAGGCAGGGGAGAAAAUGUUAAAAAAGUUGUUAAAGGAGUGUUAGAACUGAAGGCUCAAUAUCAUUAUUAUAUGGAACCUUUAUCAUGUGUGACGAUUCCUAUUGAUGGAGGCUUGGAGGUUUAUGAUACAUCGCAAUGGUUAGAUUUGACGCAGAUAGCUGUGGCACAGUGUUUGCGUAUGUCUGAAAAAGAUGUCCACGUGAAAGUUCGUCGCAUAGGAGGCGGUUUUGGAGGGAAAAUCAGCCGAAAUGUACAAGUGGCUUGCGCGUGUUCAAUUGUUGCAAAAUUGAUGGACCGCCCUUGUAGAAUCGUGUUGCCACUUCAGACUAAUAUUACAAUUGCCGGAAGAAGAUUGCCAUUCCAGUGUGAAUAUGAGGCCGGUGUAGACGAUGAUGGAAAGGUUCAAUACUUAAACGCGUCGAUCACGGAGGACAACGGGUUUUCUCACAACGAGAACAUUUUGGACUUUGUCACGGGUGGAUUCCCUAGCUGCUACAACACUGAAAACUUCAGCCUGAAAACAUACGGUGUUCUUACUGAUUUACCUUCUAAUACUUUUGCUAGAGCACCUGGUACACUUGAGGGCAUCAUGAGCAUAGAAAACAUUAUGGAACAUAUAGCUUUUGCCGUAAAAAAAGACCCCACUGAUGUCCGAUUAAUCAACAUGAGAAAAGAAGACAACGAUUUACCCGAACUUAUAGCAUUACUAAAAGAUAAGGCAGACUAUGAGAAUAGAUUAAGAUGUAUCAAAGAGUUCAACAAAAAUAAUAGAUGGAUGAAGAAAGCGAUCAAGAUCAACGUAAUGCUAUUCCCAGUAACGUUUUAUGGAAAUUAUACCGCUAUGGUGUCUAUCUACCGUGGUGAUGGUACAGUGACUGUAUCGACUGGCGGUGUUGAAAUGGGUCAAGGUGUGAACACCAAAGCUGCCCAGGUUUGCGCUUAUGAGCUGGGAGUACCACUCGAAACUGUGACAAUCAUUCCCAACUAUUCGUUUGUAGCAGCGAACAACGUAUUCUCUGGCUCCAGUAUCGUCAGUGAAUGCGUGUGUUACUCGGUAAUAAGAGCGUGUGCCAUUAUAAAGGAGAGACUUAGUCCUUUAAAACAGAAAAUGGGCGAUCCAACAUGGCUGGAGUUGAUACAAAAAGCUGGGGAAGAACUUUUGGAUUUGACAGCCACUUACACGAUGACUGAUAAAGAGGAAGAUUUGAGCAACUAUAGCGCAUUUGCUGUUACAGUUUUAGAGGUGCAAUUAGAUGUGAUGACUGGAAACUUUUUAGAAAUCAGAUGCGAUAUAAUAGAAGAUGUUGGAACAAGUGCUAAUCCAAAUAUCGACAUUGGCCAGGUUGAAGGUGGUUACGUACAAGGUCUCAGUUACUUGUCUUCCGAACAUCUUGUCUUCGAUAAAAACACGGGAAAAUUGCUAGCCAACGAUGCUCUCAACUACGAAGUGUUCUUGGCUAAGGACAUCCCGGUGGAUUUCAGGGUGUACUUGCGAUACAACUCAAAGAAUCCUAAGGGUGUAUUGGGAUCUAAAGCCGUGGGGGAAAUGGGCGUAGUCACCACGCAUGGACUCAUCUACGCCAUGAGAGAGUGUAUUAAGGAGUCGCGCAAGGACUCAGGAUACGACCCCAACGAAUGGUUUGAUCUCGAAAUACCUCUAACAACGGAGUCGGUACUCAAGGCUCUGAACGUGAAACUCUCAGAGUUGCUGCUAUGCUAAGAAUAAAUUAAUUAUUUUUUUAAGCGACUCGUUGUUUCAUCGAGAAGAUAACGUUUAACUGAUGAUAUUAACUGACAAUACUAAUAUUAAAUCUAUUUUCGUUUAUUUGAGUUAUACUCAUUCAAACAAAAAAGAACCACCAAAUUCGAACAAAUGAGAACCUGCUCUAGUUAUUGUCGGUUAAAAAAGAGGCCUCGCAGAUGCGUCUACAGAAGACGCCUAGAUUUGUACACAUCACCAUCAUUAUCAUCAUUAUCAACCCAUAUUCGGCUCACUGCUGAGCUCGCCUCCUCUGGGAAUGAGAGGGGUUAGGCCAAUAGUCCACCACGCUGACCCAAUGCGGAUUGGCCGACUUCACACACGCAGCGAAUGUAGAAAUUUCUCUGGUAUGCAGGUUUCCUCACGAUGUUUUCUGUCACCAUUUACGUUUACCCAAGUAAGAGAAAGAGAAUAGUUUUUUUUGCCAUAUUUAUUAGGUAAUUUUCUAACUUGCCAGUAGGUACAAUGUCAUUUAGAAACAGUGUCAGUAGAGGUAACCAGAAAAUGUACAGAUAAUAACAAUUGAUAAACAAGUUACUAACAGUAACUUGGUUACCUACUUGUGUGUUUUCUCUGUUAUCUUAGAACUUAGAAACAGUCAAACGUUAAUUUUUUUAUGUUACUUUACAUACAAAUUCUCUUUAUUUAAUACAAUCAUUUUGCUCUUACAAUUAUUUACAUCAACUAAAUACUAUUUAACUAAAUAACUCGUAACUAACCUAACGUUAAAAUUAAAUGUACAACAACAACUACAAAACAGUAGUUGUAUAUUAUUUUGUAUUUUUAUGACUUGUUUUUUAAUUUUUAGUGUUGUUUUUAAUAAAUUUUUGUUUAAUUUUA